UGUACGGCUGACCGCCAAACCGAGUGGACGGGUGCACGAUGCGCGCGCGGUGAAAAAACAAUCGCAAUGCUGUUCGAGAGUCCCAACGCGAAACUGUUCCCGGCCUUCAACAUCCCGCCGCCAGUGAGGCUCAGCGGGGCGCUGGGUGGUGUGGAAGUACUGGACGGAGGGUUGGUCGGCGGCGAGCUGACGGCCCACGUACUGAGCGCACAGGCGGCGGCCGCGCAUGCCGCCGCCGCUGCCCACCAGCAACAACAGAUGGCUGUACAACAAAUUAACUACCACCCGACAGAGACGUCGCCGUCGUCGGGCCGCUCCACGCCGGUCACGGGCGCCGCCGCCGCCGCCGCGCCCACCGGCACCACCUCGCCGUCGCCGAGCAAGCUGUUCGUGGGCGGCCUCAGCUGGCAGACCAGCUCGGAGAAGCUGCGCGAGUACUUCGCCAUGUUCGGCCCGGUGACGGACGUGCUCAUCAUGAAGGACCCCGUCACGCAGAGGUCGCGCGGCUUCGGCUUCAUCACAUUCCAGGAGGCGGCGUCCGUGGACAAGGUGCUCGCCGUGCCCGUGCACACGCUCGACGGCAAACGCAUCGACCCCAAGCACGCCACGCCCAAGUCGGCGCCGCGCCCCGCCAAGACCAAGAAGAUCUUCGUGGGCGGCGUGGGCCAGGACACGUCCGCCGACGAGGUGCGCGCCUACUUCUCGCAGUUCGGCCUCGUCGAGGACGCCGUCAUGCUAAUGGACCAGCAGACCAAGCGCCACCGGGGCUUCGGCUUCGUCACGUUCCACUCGGAGGAGGCCGUCGAGCGCGUAUGUGACAUACACUUCCACACGAUAAAAAAUAAGAAGGUGGAGUGCAAGCGCGCCCAGCCCAAGGAGGCGGUGGCGGCCGCGCCGCUGGCGCUCGGCAAGAGGCUGGUGCUGCGGCCGGGGCGCGGGCUGGUGUACGCGGCGGGCGGCGCGGGCGGCGUGGGCGGCGUGGGCGUGGGCGUGGGCGGCGUGGGCGGCGUGGGCGCGGCGCACGCGUACCGCUACGCGCCGUACGCGCUGCCGGCCGCCGCCGCGCUGGUGGCGCCGCCCGCGCCCGCGCCCGCGCCCGCGCUGCCGCAGUUCGGCGCCGCGUACUCGCUGGCCGGCGUCGACAUGUCCUCGUUCCAGGGCGUGGACUGGGGCGCCAUGUACAGCCUGCCCAUGUACAUAUAAGCGGCGACGCCGGCCCCUUAACCCCACCCGCCUAGAGGUCAGGUUCUGCUAUGAUUUCUCACGAUGGUUCCUAUAUUUUGUUUUCGUGUAGGCACUCGUCUUGCCGCGCUCGGACACCGAGGAAUACAGUAUUCUUAAAUUAGAUAAGUCUGUCGGCUCACUACUUAGGCUAAGUGCAUUCGAAUGAAGCAAUACCCACGGUGAAGCGUUUCGUUUGAAAUUAAAUUUAAGAUGAUCUCAGAAGUAUAAUUUAGUUUGGAAGCGAGAUGGAAAGUUUGUUUUGGACAUGUGUAGCGUAGUGCACGUAUAUGGCAAUAUUAUUAACUUAUUUAACGAAUGUAACUAUGAAUCUCUCAUAUGGCUCUGUAUUUUUUUUUUAUAUAGUAAGCAACCGUGCGGCCGCGGGCGGCCGGUGACGCGCGCACAUCUCCCCUGCCGAGUCGUGCUCGUUUGAAAAGAGAAUUACAUAAGAUAGAAGAAAAAAAAACUGCAUUUUGUGCCAUUGUCUUUCAUCGAUCGAGGAAUCGAGUUUCAUUUGCAAUAUCUCUGUCUCGACGGUUCGAACGCUCUAUCUCUGUCGCCAGAAUUGCAUUUGAAACGUUGAUUCUAUUUUGUGCCAAAUCGCGCGUCCUUUGAACUGGUCACUGGCCAGUUUUCUUAUUCAUUCCUAAUUAUUAAAUUAUAAAACAUUAAAAGACGUAUCACUUACGACUUUCGUGUGAUAUUUUAUUAAAAAAAUAAAUUGUAAAAAAAAUGGAUAACUCUUUUUCGAACUACGUAUAAAAAUAGUAAUUUAUCUAACUUCAAUUUGGUAUUAAUAAAUGCAAUAUAAAAUGUAGAAAUUGCCAUAAUAUUGCAUUGUCUCUGGCAAAAUGUCUUAAGUGUUGCCUCUUUUAAAAAUUUUUUUUUUCGAAGCGCAUCACCGGUCGCCCGCCGCGUCAUCCCAGCUCAUUUUUCAUAUACAUAUCUUACUGAGCAAAAGCAAUCUCAUCAUAGUAUUAUAUGUAUGACUUACGUAGAUAUUAUAGCGGUACAGUGUUGGCGUUUGGUGAGUUUUGAAUUUGGCAGCUUUAUCUUUUAAUUUUUUUAUUUUUUAUUAUACACAUUUUAAAGACUGUUACUAGAUGACAUUAUUUCGUAUGUUAAUUAAAAUAAAAGCUAUUCUGUCAUCGAGAUAUGGUCUAAUACAGGUACAGGGCUUGAUCUAGCUUUUUUGCCUCUCCGGGCAAACUAUAUCUGACGCCUUUGAUAAUGUUACAAAAACAUUCUAACGCCUGUACGUCCUUAUUUUCUUAUUGUAACGUACUAUUCUGUCAUUCCUCAUUUUUGCCCGCUCGGGCAAUUGUCUCCCUUUCCCUAGAUCUGGCCCUAACUAGGCAGCUGUUUUUUUAGAACCACAAAUAAACUCACUGAACGGCGACAUUGUACGAUUUAGAGUAAAGUUAAUUAGUUUAGAAGUGAUAAGGGAAUGCAACUAACACAUCGUGUGUGACAAUAAGCUAAGUAUUAGCCGCUGUAGACUGUCGCCGCCUGUUUUUGCCUGAACCACCCUGUAUAUGUAAGUGACAUGGAUAUCACGGUCUUUAUACAAGAGGCCCACGUUGGGCGCCAACGGUCCCACGUCGGGCGCCAACGGUCCCACGUCGGGCGACAAUUUAAACAAUGGUUGUAUAGAAUUAUUCGAAUGGGAUGUUUUGUACUUGCAGAGAGUAACUUUACUAGGAAUUGGUAUAGAGGUAGAAAUUUCUAGCUUUGUAUUUGUAUUGAUUCUCGCUUCGCUUUGGUUGGUUGCCUAUAUAGUGUAGUUUUGUAUUAAAUUAUGGCGAGGUUAUUUCUUCAUAUACACUAGUUGUUCUUCUAAAGAUAUUGUUUUUUUUUUUUUUGUAAGCUAUCUUCUUGAUAGAUUUGUAUUAAAAAAUAUAAUUUGUUCCUAUUUUGUGUACUUAAAAACACAUAUUGUAAAAUAGCAUCCCAUUCGUUAAAUAGUACUUAAUUUACACCUAGUUGAUAGUUUAAAAAGCAAUAUUUACAUUAUUACCCUGUGAUUAUUGGAGUAUUACGUGAAAAGACAUUAUGGUUGUGUUGGUGCAAUUCGUAGGCUAAGUGGGGACAUAGUCCUUGCAGUAUUAACAUAUUACGUACUUAAAUAACUUAAAAAGAAAUAUAUAUAUAUAUAUAUAUAUAUAUAUAUAUAUAUAUAUAUAUAUAUAUAUAUAUAUAUAUAUAUAUAUAUAUUUGAAACGUCUAAAUCUCUUAUCUAUCAACAAAUGUUAUUUUAUAAUACACUUUUUUUACGUAAACCGAAAAAGAACUGCCAUUAUCGAAAUUAGUUCUCAUGUUUUAUGAAAAAAAAAAUUUUGUGAACUUGACGUUAAACUUGCUUUCGAACUAAGUUGAUGGACAAUAAUGGAUACUUAAUUACUGUUAGGCACACCGGCGGGCCGGUAGCAAUAAUACUAUUUCAUAAGACACUCCGACGUUUUGCUCGGUUGUCUUCUCUGGCGCAUUCGACAGUUGGCCCCAUCUCUUUCGGUAUGUAAAAAGGGAUGGCCUUUAUGACGAAUGCGGAGUGUUGAGAGUAUAUUCGUGUGUCGCAUUUCUAUAGUGUAACAGAGACGGCAAUAUUCGAGUCGAGCGGGAAACGUCGCGAUGUGUCUGGCUCAGGCAAAGGCAGGCGGUAAGUAGAGCCAAUGCAUGCGGUAGCUUGUCGGCAGCAUUCCCAGCCAGCCGACUCACUAUGUAACCUUGACGUGUGGGAGGCCGAACGUAAAGCAUGGAAACAUUUGUUUAUCACCCGUAAUUCCUGUUGUGAAUUUGAAAUCAUUAGUGUCGUUUUUUAAAGGUGCGUUUUCUACGAGUGAAACAGAAUGUUUUCCCCAAAGAAAAUCUAGUUUUAAUAGGUGAGAAAAUUGAUGUUUCCCGUACAGACGCGUUCAGCUGUCGAGUUAGUAUGGUAGACUCAAUUUUCUAAUCGCCCUUCGACUAAUGUUUCCUUGACAUAUAUGUUUAAAAUUUCUAUAUACUUUAAAAUUUAUAAUCCUAUAUUUGGGAAUUCUAAAUAGAAAGUUUGAUAUGUUAUAAAUUUGCCUAAUAAUUAUGCCUCCUGUGGUAUAAAUGGGAAUACUUGGGCACGGGCAUUCGAGGCGGGUUUGAAUCCCGUCCGAUUAACCUGUCGAGUUAAAUUUUAGUUUAUUUUUGCAAUGUACAAUAUAUAUCUACCUAAUUGAUAUAUAUUCUCAAUGUUUCUGUGUAAAAAUGAGCGCUUGAACAUGUAAUCUAAAGAUUUGAAGUAAAAAAAAUUAAUUCAGUAUGUAACAAACAAAGGAAUUCUGGCAAACAGUUUUAUUUUUUUUUUCACAACAUCCACACGUCACGGCUACCAAAUGCUAUAUCACAUGUAUACACUACCUACCCUUAUUAUUAUAGCAGUAUUGUUAGUUUAAGUAGGUUAGUAACCUCCUGAGAUUAUUGGCGCGAGUCGUAUCAGUUGUGGGGAAUUGUUUUGUGAAUUAUUCAUUUGCGUAUACGAAGCAGCACGCAAAGUUGUUGCCGAAUUCUAGAACAGUCUAGAAGAUAUAAAGAUGAGUUGAUUAUUUGAUGUACAAUCGAGUGACUAGUGUAAGUUUGUCAAAGGUUUACGUUCGCGUUUGUGUUUGCUUUGCUAAUUGGAUUAUCUCUGAGUUUCCGAAAUCGUCCACUAGAGGCGUGAGUGUCACAAGUUUCAAUACAAAUUGGCGGCGCAAACGCAUACCGGUGACGUGAGUCUUUGUACUUCUUUGUUUUGAAAUAAGAAUUAUAUUUUGUUUUCCGUCCGUUGAUUUGACGUAUGAUACAGCAUUACAUUCCCGCGACUGUACGGCUCCCGCCGCUCGCCCAGUGACAACACCUUUUGUACAUUAGCAUUUUUCCUGAAGUCUCAGUAUUAGAUUGUCUAUGAUAUAUUGUGAUGUUUCACGUAGACCCUCCGUCGGCGGCCGCUUUGUAUCUUGCCAAAUUAUAACAGCGGUAUUGCCCUGUUUGAUGUUUGUACUUAAUUGUCUCGUAAUUCGACCUCUCAUCGAUAAAUUGUCCCUUGGGCCGUCGAACGACUUUAACAAGUAUAUAUAUAUUAUUAUUAUUUUAUUUUUCUAUAAAACACCCUUGUAUUCGUUACACUGGUUUUUAACCCGCUACCAUCCGUUGUCUAGAGUUGAUUUUUGUUUUUCAUUAUUUGCAACGGAUGUGGGCUAGUUAGUGGUAGUUUUGUAUUUAGUGAACCUAGUUGCCCGUACAUUGUGUAAGGUGCACUUAGACAUACGCGAUGUGUCAUUACAUUUAUUAUUAGUACCAAUGAACGUGUGUUUUAUUUCCGUAGCUAAAGUGGGGUAGAUCCUUACGGGUUGCGGUCAUGUACCCUCACCUUAGAUGCACGUUAUGUUGAGAAGCUGUAGAAUUUUGAGUGUGAACGUGGUCCCAGUUUGGGCGCCAUUUUGGCACCCGCCUGGGCCCAUAACCUCUGGGUGGGGCGAAGAUAUGGUAAGUUCCGACGAGGCAUGUAAAAUAGUAGAAACAUAUAAGUAUAUUGUGACUAACAUGAUCUGGACUUCUAGGCAGCAUGGUUGGCAUGGAAUAUACGUAAAAAUGAAUUCUUCCAGUACUUCUCUGUCAAUUCUCCAGGCAUAUGCCACACGUUGGUUGUGAAACGUGCUAUUAUAAUAUCUCUUUCAAUGACACAUAUUAUACUUUUGACUCGGCUGUCCGAAAUAACUUGGUUGGUACCUAUCUAAAAAAUUUUAACUCAUAUUGACAUAAAACGAACUUUAUAAUUGAAUUAAGUUUAUAUAUAUUAGGGCUAUAAUAGCUGUAAACGUAUAAUUGAUUUUAAUAAACAGUAUUCUAGUACUUGUCGAAUUUCAAACUACACAAAUUAUUCCGGACGUCCGAAUCGAGACGCGACGUUCGACGCACUGAAAGAGAUAUUGGUUAAGUAGACACGUAGUGUAGACCUCUUAGUGUCGCUUCGCUUAGGCCUACGGUCUUCCUAUACGAGACGGAGAUAGAAUUGUUUUGCCAAACGUUCAGGCCAAAAUUUAGCCAAAUACUUUGCUCAAUGUCCUCGGGGGGACGCUAUCGCAGCUUAGUCAACUUUGAAAGAAAAAAAAUAAAACUUAUUGAAUUGACUCGGGAGAUUUCGUAACACGUGAAAUAUUAAUAUUAAAUUAAAAAUAAACCCCUGUCUAGUUAAUUUAAAAAUUUUGAUAUUAAUUAAACGAAUGAUUGUUAUGAUAUCUCUCGAUUACAAUUCACCGACACGUGAACACAGUAAUGACUGAGCGCCAUUUUGUGUCUGUGAAAAAGGCGGGAAAUUAUAGUCGAAUGUCAAACCGAUAUGUAGCAUAAGAAUGUGACAAUAAUAUGAUGGACGUUGCCAACUGGACGCUAAAUUCGUUGCCAUAACGACGAUACAUUCCUCUCUAGUCAUUUUUACUUAGUUCUCUAUAGUAUUUGGCGGGAAACAGAGUCUUAUCUUGCUCAAUACUUACUCUUGCAUAGACGUAGUUGAUUUAUGCUUCGCAUUUAGUGAUGUGCCAUACACAGGCGUCACCGACGCGUCACGCUUACCCGCGAAUCCAGGAACACUGGACCAAUGUUAACAACUUGGAUAUAUUAAUAAUAUAGUAUAUACAUGGAAUAAAUAUACAAUUUUUGGAUUGGUAUAAUAUGAUAUGUUAAAGAAAAUUAAUAAUAAUUAUUAUGUUGUGUGUUUUAAUGUAUGGCAAUGCUAGAGUAGUGGUGUAGUGUAGACAUUUUGAAGUUUUACAUACAUAUAAUGAUAUAUAAAUAAGUAACUAACCGAGAGCAAUAAAUUAAUAUUACAGCACGCGCGCGCUGCGGCUAAGGCGACACGGGCGCGGGGGCAUAUUAGUCUUGGUCAAAAACUAAUAACCAGGUGUCUCGCUCUGUUUCGAAUAUACUAGAUAUUUCGGUCACAAGAUUAACUCGAAAACAUCUACCCUAUCCGGUAUUAUUAUUGUUCGUACCUGAGUAUUUUAACAGUCAUAUAAAAAAAAAACUUUUAUUUAUAUAAUCUUGUCUAUGGUACUUUUUCUUUUAUUAGAAAACCAGUCUGUGAACAAUAAUAAUACAACUUCCCGCCUUUAGGAAAAUUAAAAAAAAAAUGACUGAUGUCUAUGUAUAGGACCACGGUAUUCAAACGAGACAGCUUUCGGCCUAAAAAUAUGUGUAAAAGUCUUGCAUUGGUUACAUGAUUGGACAUUUUAUGAAUUAAUAUUAUGCAGGACUGUUAGAAUCUGGUUAUAUAGUUUUUGAUGCAACUGAAUUUUAAUAUAAUGAUAAAUUGCACGUUAUAGCUAGGAAGGGGGGAAGGCACGGCAGCGCGCGCAUAGUUUACUAUAUACACACAUGCAUACAAUAUAAAAUAUUACAAUAUUUUUGUAUAAUAGAAUUGGUGUAUUCAGUAGUCAGUUGGUAUUGUAUUUUUAAAAUUAAUCGUGAUAACUUGUUGAUAAGUCAGUUUGUGAUUUUACGCGUAGGCGCGGCUCGGCGCUUCGGCGUGCAGUCUUGUUUUGCUUUUAUAUCGACCGUUGUGGUACUGUUUUAACUGGACAAAUGGGAAUAUUUUUUUUUUAUUAUUUUCGCACAGGGACUAGUGUUGCCCGAUAUAAAAAUUCUACUACAGAGUAGGCACUUAAGUGCGGCAAGUUUAAAUAGCCUGUUUUGUAGAGCUAUCAAGUGAUGUUGGAUGAUCUUAUAUAAUUUUUUAUGGACAGAAUUGUAAAUGUUUGUACCUGAUUAAUUUAACAAAGUGCACAUUUAAGCACAUAUGCCUAAAUUGUCAAAACUGGCGCCAAUGCUUUAAUAAGGGCAUAGACACUAUCUAACGACGACAAGAGUGUACAUUUACAAUUUAGCGUAAUACAGAUGGUAUCUUAGAUUCGUAUGCCAACAUAUACAGAUUUGUAUAAUGCUUUGAUACGGUAAAUUGAAAGAUUUCAUUCGUAGCAAUUAACAAACCAUUUCUAUAGACAAUAUUUCCUACUUGUCCCGUUAUAAUAGUGGAACACGUUAAUUAUACCCGGCUGUUUAAAUGGGGGGUAUUGUUUUAAUGAAACUUGACAGCACAUGACUCUGUGACUUUGUCGGUUAACAUUCUAUGGAUAUGUCGUGAAUAGUUCAUCAUUCUUACAUUUACUUGUUGAUAAUGUAAGUUGUGAUUGUAGAGCUUGAGGUAUAUAUAUUAUGUAUAUGUCAAUAUGAUUGUACUUUAAAAAUGCUUGCAAAGUCACAAAAAUGGUAUAUAUAACAUUCCUUUAUGUAUAUUUUGGUCAUAAUACAAGUUAUGCAUCUUAUUUAUUGGUAGUUAACCUAUUUAUCGAUAAUUAUAGUUCCAUAGAUAUUAGAUAUGGGCUGUUUUUUUUUUUUUAUUUAUACACGAUCUGCUAUAAUAUAGAAAAACAUUGUGCAAUACUGGAGUUUUGUCUGUGUCUUUGAGGUUUGUUAAACCUGUAGAUAGGGGGUCUGGGCCCGUAGAUCCGUAGAUACCCGUAUUGGAUGGAUAUAUAAAUUCUCUAUGGUCCCGGAGCAUAGUAAUUGUCUAUGUCAUAAUCUAUACCGCUCAACCCUCGCUUAUCGUGCGAUGACAACCACAUUGAAUGUUUUGUAAAAGUAAAGGCGUAACAUUUUGUAGUUUUUCUUUUGUAUUUAUCUUGGAUCAGACGUCAUAUUUGGUCGGAAAAGUUACUUUCACUUUUUUUAUCAAAAUGGCGCGUAUUUAGAGGUUAUGAAUGGCCAGUAACGGCCUCUAGCUAGCAGUAGAGCGCAACAGCGCGCCUCAGACGCCAUUAACAAAAUAUCUAUGGUUCAUCUUCACUUAGUCAAGUCUUAGAAAUAAAUGGUAACAACACGA